GCAGUCCAGGAAACCCCUUUCCGGCUUUUGGUCUCUUACAAGUGCGUCUUCCCCAAAGUUGGGCGACAGUCCGGUCCUAUUGUGGUUUCCAGGAAAUGCUGUCCUUCUGGGAUGUGGCCAUUGAUUUCUCUCCAGAAGAGUGGGAAUGCCUGCAGCCUGCUCAGUGGAAUCUGUACAGGGAUGUGAUGUUGGAGAAUUACAGCCACCUUGAAUUCCUGGGUCUUGCCAGUUCUAAGCCCUUCCUGGUGACAUUUCUGGAGCAAAGACAAGGGCCUUGGGAUGUAAAGAUACAAGCAGCAGCCCCCGUGCAUUCAGGAACAAUACCCAAUGAUUGUAACAAUUACAACAGGGCCAUUGAUUGUAAGUCACUCCUUAUUCAACGCCAGAGAAUUCAUACAGGGGAGAAACCCUACAAAUGUGAAGAAUGUGGUAAGGCCCUUAGUUCUUAUAAAACCCUUUCCAUACACCAGAGACUUCACACUGGACAAAAACCCUACACGUGUAAAGAAUGUCACAAGGCUUUCAAUACUCGCUCAUCACUUUUUAUACACCAGAAAAAUCAUACUGAUGAAAAAACCUACAAGUGUGAAGAAUGUGGCAAAUCCUUUUACUAUCCUUCAAUGCUGAAACAGCAUCAGAGAAUUCAUUCUGGAGAGAAACCCUACAAGUGUGAAGAAUGUGGCAAAUCCUUUUGCUAUCCCUCAUUCCUUAAGCAACAUCAAAGAACUCAUUGUGGAGAAAAUCCCUACAAGAAUGAAGAAUGUGGCAAAAGAUUUUCCAGUUCUGCACGCUUUCGGGAGUAUCAAACAAUUCACACUGCAGAGGAACCCUACAAGUGUGAAGAAUGUCACAAAGUCUUUCGUUAUCACUCUGCUCUUAGGGUACAUAAGACAGUUCACACUGGAGAGAAAGCCUACAAGUGUGAAGAGUGUGGCAAAGGUUUUUCCUCACCUUCAUGCCUUAGACGACAUCAAACAAUUCACUCUGAAGACAAUCCCUACAAGUGUGAAGUGUGUGGCAGAUGUUUUUGCUCGUCUUCUUCCCUUAGACGACAUCAAACAUUCCAUUCUGAAGAUAAUCCCUAUAAGUGUGUAGAGUGUGGCAAAAGGUUUUCCUGUUCUGCAAGCCUUCAGGAACAUCAAACAAUUCACACUGGAGAAAAACCGUACCAGUGUGAAGAAUGUCACAAAGCCUUUCGUUAUCACUCAGCUCUUAGGAGACACAAGAGAGUUCAUACUAGAGAGAAGUCCUACCGGUGUGAAGAGUGUGGCAAAUGUUUCUCCUCCUCUUCAUGCCUUGGACGACAUCAAGCAAUUCACACUGCAGACAACCCCUAUAAGUGUGUGCAGUGUGGCAAGGUUUUUGUCAAUCUUUAUAGCCUUACUCGACACAUGAUAGUUCAUACGGGAGAGAAAUCCUACAAAUGUCUUAAAAAAUUUACUUCUUCAGACCUUAAGACACAUCAAGUGACUUAUUCUGAAUAAAACUCUGUGAGUGCGUGGGGUGUGAUAAAAUCUUUGCUAAUCAUUUAGAUCUUAUCCAACUCUAACGAAUUCAUAGUGGAGAAUAUUAGGUUAAUCAUUUUGAAUAUCGACAUGAGCAUCUAAUUUCCAGGAGCACAAAUGUUAAGCAUGUCAUCAGACGACAGUACAGACUUCCCUUUGCUGUGAUCUCCACACCAGUUUGUUCAAGCAGUGUGUUUGAAACUUGCCUUGAUGAGUUUCUUUCUUCUGUAUCUAUAAAUGUGCCAUGAAACUGUUACCAUGUCAUAACUUUGUCUGUCAGGUGCCCUAAAUCUGAGAUGUGGGCUGUGCUGUGGCAGAGUUACUGUUAUGUUUCCCGGGGAGGUGGGGGGGUCACACAAGCUCCUGUAAUAACGUCUCCCCAGGGUGUGUAAGAAUCUCCAUAGACCCAUAUUUCUCACUAAGUUGGAAUCUGGUGAGAUGGUCUACACUGAUGCCGAUCUGGGCUGAAUGGGCAUUUCCAUUUGUCUUCCCAGGAAAUGCUAGCAGACCACAUUAUCAAUCAUAUUUGAUUCUAGGAUAAAGAAUUCCUUAUUUUCUUUAAGUUGCUAACACCAUUUCUCAUGUGACUCCAACUGUCAUGUCAAAGAAACCUUGACCCAUAUUGAAAUAAGGACCAGAGUCAAUUGCACUCACUCAGCAGAAAGGAUGCAUUUGAUUACUGGCUAAGGGAUCAUCAAGUACGAGACACUGUAGGUGCAGAUCUUACUUUGCUGUUGGUGCAGACCCGAAAAGUCACCUCAGUCUUGAGUUUACUAAGUUACUGUAAACUGUUAUGGGCAAUUAAAACCUUGAAGAUAAUAGGAACUCACCUUCUGAAUGAAUAAAUGUCUGUAGUGUGCCCAGAAUUGUGUUUCUAGUGAUGCUAAGUCCAGAUGAAAUUUAUUUACAGAUAUGAGAUUGGAAGAAGAGGCUAAUUUAUGUCUCUCAUUCUAUAGCCUUCUGCUUAUGCUACUGUAUAUUCCAAAACAUGUACCUCGAAACAAAUUUAAACAUAGUUUGUUUAAUAUGACAUACAAUUAAAAACCAAGUAUAAUUAUACUUUAAAAACUCCUGCUGUGAGAAAUAGAAUGCUAGUCCUUUUACAAUACUC